AUGCAGAGAUCUCUGGAUCCCCUGGCCGACUUUUAUGAGAGAACCCAACGUUCAGGGGAGACAGCCUGUUCUUUUGCCAUUGCUUUAGAGGCCACGCUCAGAGAAGUGGAAGACACCCAAAACAGGGGCCGACCAUUCCCAGAUCGUGAUGCAAAACUGGUGCGACAGUUCAUGAGGGGGUUGAUUGAAGAGGAUGUUUUUUUGAGGAUUGCUCCCAUGAAGCCGAGAAUGCUAUGCUUUCGGGAGCUACAGAACGAGCUCAGGAAUAUAGCCAGAGAAGCCAAGAAGUUCAACCAGCCGAGGCAGAAGAAGACUUUCAGCCAGGUCCAGACUGUCACAAAUAGGCAAGAUUUUGAGGGACACCUGCAACGCCUGCAGUUGGUGUUUGACAGACUGCGUAAACAUGGCCUUAAACUGAAACCCUCAAAAUGCCACUUGAUGAAAAAGGAGGUCCAAUACUUGGGGCAUCGGGUGUGUGCAGAAGGUAUCCGCACUGACCCUGAAAAGAUAAGCAAGGUGAAGGACUGGCCACAGCCAACAAACCGUAAGGAGGUCCUUCGUUUCCUGGGGUUUGCGGGGUACUACAGGAGGUUUGUGGAGAGCUAUGCAAAGAUUGCUGCACCCCUCUACCGCCUCACUUCUGGUGACCCCAGAAAGAAAAAAAGGGGGCCCUGUCGUGCCCACAGAGGGUGGCAGAAGAGUCUGAGCCUCCUGUGCCCAGUCAAGAGUCAGAGCCCUACGCUGAUACUGGACCUCAAAGACUGCCUAAAGCAUGCUUACGCUCAAGCCAACAUAAGCUCCAGACAAGCCAAGCUGCAGCAAAAGAAGCAUUAUGACAGCAGGGUCAAGAAAAGUCUUACAUUUGCUCCAGGAGACAGAGUAUUAGUCAAAGUCUGCGCCGUUGAAGGUCGGCAGAAGUUGGGGGACCGGUGGGAGUCCAAGCCUUACCUGGUCCUAAAGAAACAGCCUGGAGUCCCGGUUUAUGUCAUUCAGUCAGAAGAUGGUGAAAAGCAAAGAGUGGUCCACGGAAACCUUCUUACCCAGUGCAUGUUUUUUCCCUUGGAGUCUGAACUAUCGGCAGAUGAGGUGGAGGAUGGAACUGAGGGUGUCAAUGAUUCAAGGAUUGGCUCUGAUGAGGAUUGCGGGGAGGAGGAUCCAUUGGAGGAUAUGGAGGAAGAAGAUAAUGCACCAGUGGAGAUUCAAAAUACCGAAAUGGGUAUUUCUGAAUGUGCUGUGGGCAGAAGAAACCCCCUAAGGAACAGGCAGCCACCCAAAAGACUGUCCUUUCAAUUGAGAGCGAUGCACGAUGAAACAGUCCAGCAAAAGAUUGCCCGAGGUCGCAAAAUAUGGCAAAGGGUCAAGGAGAAACGCAACUUUCGUAAUAGAGAAUAA